AUGAAAGGAUUCUUGUGGUCUAAGAACAAAAAAUCCUCAAAUAACAAAAAUAAUGACAAGGCAAGUCAUCAUUCAAAACGAUCUACUUCGUCAUCUUCGUCGUCAUCCUCACUAAAUGUUUUACCUCAAACCACAACAACGGAGGCGUUGACUAAUUCAUUACGCGACAGAAGUUCAAGUUCAAAUUUAUCUGUGUCUUCAAGUCGUCAACAUCAUUUGUCAAAACAUAGCAUCAAAUCAAUUGGUCAUUUACCCUUGGAAUCCAUGAAAAGACAAAGCUCUUUGUCAACUACAGAUCAUCAUUCCACAGAGAGGAAACUUUAUAGUUCUGAUGGACAUGCAAGAUCAACAAGAAGUAUAUUAUCGAAUCAUCAUGCAAAUUUAUCCUCUCAUAAUCAUCAAAGGGAUGAUACAGAAUCAAUUAUUUCUGAUGAGACUGCCACAACUGUCAAUGCAUCUAUUACUUCUAGAGAGGAUUUACAUACAAACCAUAUAAGUAAAGAAGAUAUUGGAAGUCCCGUCUUAUCUCCAGUGAAUUCUUCUUCACACGGAUCUGAGAUUAGAAAACUUAAUACUACUAAAUCCUCAUUAUCAAACGAACAACAACGGAGAAGAGAUACAAUUUCAAGAAUGCUUGUACAUCUUAAUGAUGAUAAUUUUGAUACUACCACCUUUAAAAUUGGUUGGGUGAAUAGAUCACAUGGACAAAUCAUGUCUCAACAACAACCACAUACUCAAUUACCUCACUCGAGCUCUAGUCAGCAUUUAAGAGAGAGAAAAAUGUCUCAUAGAGAAAGUGUACUAUUUGGAGCAGAUAUGCUAGCUCAAUUGAACGGUAUGGAGACAGAAUCAAAUAGAGACUCCGUUCGUUUAGAUUUAGGAAACCAAAGAAAUAGUACUAUGCUUGAUGCACAAACUAUGGUUCCAGAUUACAGAAUUUAUCGUGCAGAAUUAAAAGGUUGCCUAUUAACUUUAUACAAAGAUGGGCUUGGUAGUAAUAUAAAAUAUUUUGAUCCAACUGCUAUUCCACCUGAUGUGAAUGAACCGCAACAGGUUGAAGACCCUAACAAGAUAGACUUAAAUGAUAAUAAACAAAACUCACAACAAUUACUAAAUAAACGAGCAACAAUAGCAGGAUCGAAAUAUUCUAUCACAGACACUCCGUCAUCCAAGAGAGAAAUUAAUCUAGAUCAAAAUAAAGAACAUGUAGACCCUAAAACUAUAUUGCCUUCAGAUAUAAAAUAUUUGAGUGAAAAAUACCCACAUCCAAAUUUAAAAUUAGAUAAUGAAGGUAGAAUUAUUGGUGGUGACGUCGAAAGUUUAUGCCAUGCCGUUUUAUUUUCACCAAUGUCUUCAGGAAAACAUAGUACUAGUACAAGCAAAAAGCAAAGAACAAUUGUUAAUAUCUUGUUGCUUCUACCACUGGUUGACUAUUUUAUCAAAUUUAUUACAACUUUCAAUCAAUUUGGUCUUACUUUCACAAAACACAAGAUGAAAUUAACAACAACUUCAUUACAAUAUCAUAAUAUUACAAAUGAUAUGGACGACCAACUCUCAGAGAGAUUAGCCCUAGUUGGGAAAACUAUUCUUGACAUCAUGCCAGGGUUUUUACUAGACGAACAAAUAUUCCAAGCUACCAUUGCAUUACUUAACACAAUAUCGCUUCAUAACGACGAGAUAUCAAAUAGCUUAAAAAUCUCAAUAGCUAAUAGACACAACGAGAUGACAUCAUUAACUUCAUAUAUCAACGUUGAUGUAUCUGUUUCUCAGAGUAAUUCAUCCGCAAAUAAACCUAGUGGAAACAAUUUGCUAAAUGACAUUCUGGAUUUCAAAAAAUUUCUUGACAUUGACAGCACUUCUUUUGCCAGUGAGGUUCACUCAAUUAACUUGAAGUUCGAUAAAGUAUGGACCCCGCGAGAGGAUUAUUCCUUAUUAUAUUCGUCAAAGUAUAUUAAUCAAAACAUAUUAGUUCUAAAUCCUUUGGUAUUUAAUAAUUCUGAGAAUUUACACUUCUUAGGGAGAUUACUCGUCUGUCAUUUGUUUCCUUCUGAUCCAUCAUCAAUUACACCAAAAAUGAGAGCUAAAGUUUUAAGAAAAUGGGUUCAAUUAGGUUGCAAAUUCGAACAUUUAGGUGACAUGGUAUCAUGGUUAGCAAUCGCUACAGUAUUGUGUUCUGUACCUGUCCUUAGAUUAUUUAAAUCAUGGCAAUAUGUCUCCGAAACCACGUUAAAGAUUAUAUUCAAAGAUUGGGUUCCAACAAUUGCUCAAUUAGAGAGAAGACAAGCCUCAUCAAAGUCAACCAGCAGUGUAUUCAUUUUAGCUCCUCCAAAUUUAAAUGAUCCAUUUAUCAGGGAAAAUGUAAUCUCGUAUUUCGGAGAUUUAAUAAUAUAUGCUGACGAUUUAUCUCAAAACAUCAAAUUUAAGUAUCUCGAGAAAAAGAUCAACAGGACAAAAAAUGCAUUCCACAAAUGGCAACAAAGACUGGAAACAGUAAGAAAAACAUCGAAGGAGCCUAUCAAAGUUAAUGAUAAUGAGAAGGUCGAUCCAAAAGCAAGCAGUAUUUACCAGUUCUGGAGGUAUCAUGUUGCACAACCCUCUAUCAAUAUUGAAAAUAUAAUGAAACUGAGUCUCCAAUAUGAACCACCAGCGAUCGAUCCCUGUCUAUAUUCUGAUAUGAACUUAAGAAGAAGUCCGUUACUAACGGGAAGUUACUUACCUAUUCUUUUUAACGAGUUACAACCUAAUUACAGUUUAUUUCCAAAAAAAUCUUUGAUAGGUGCAGCUGGACCUGCCAUUAAUAAUACACCUGCUAUACCAGUAAGAUCAUCCGCUCGCAGAUCAAGUACUUUAUCUACUAUCGGUAAAUCAGAAUCUUUAUUGAAUUUAAAUGCUUCAACUAAUGAUAAUGAUACUAACCAAGUUACAGGUAUUGGAAAAAUUGAUGGUCCAACCAUUAAAGAGCUUGCUCAAAGACAAUCAACACAACAAACACUGAUGAAGUCCAUAAGAGAUAUGUUUAAUAUCGAUACUGACCUAUUCCAUGUUACAGAUGAUCUAGUUUUUAAGUCGAAUAUUGAAAAGGCCGUUAAGUCUAGACCAACAAGUAUAGUUUUAGAAUCACCGAGGAAAUUUUCACAACAGUCAUUCGGUAAUAACACUUCGAGAGAUUCGCAUGAUAUGAAUAGAUUAAGUAAAACUUUAGAAAAUAUGAGCUUUUUUGAAGGUAUCGGUAACGUUUCUGAUACCUUCAAUGAAUCCGUUAUAGAUGUUGUAUUAAAGUCUGCUUCCUUAGAAAGAAUAUUUGAUUUACUGGUUCUUACAGCAAAUGUUUUUUCCAAGUUAGUUGAUACCAAAGAUUUAGAAAAUCAUUUUAAAAAUAAAACCAAAAGCUUCAACACGCCAGAAGGAAAGGAAAGAAACUCUAUUGGUUUAUUAGAUUAUGCGUUUGUUAAACUAGUUCUAGACGAUGAUAUUUUUACUGAAACAUUUUUUGACUCCUAUAGGAGCUUUACAACUACUACUAAUGUUUUAGAAAACUUGGCAAAGAGAUACAUCGGGGCCAAGAGUUGCGCUGUAACAAUUACAUCCAUGUUAGACUUAGGCAAAGACCCUAAAAACUAUGUGGAAAAUCAAAGCUUUCCAAAUUGGAAUUCCAAAAUUCAAGACGAGAAAGAUGUUAACUUUAUCUAUGUAGCAAAAAUCCAGAUCGGUGCUGCUGAAGCAAUUUUCCAUCUUGUUUUAAAUCAUUAUAGUGAUUUUACCGAUGAUCCUAAAUGUAAUUCGAUCUUCUUUGAUAUUCUCAAAGUUAUGGAAAAAGAAGUGACAAGUGAAUGGCCAUCAAGAUUACAAGAUAUGAAGGCCCAUGAAAAUGAACCACGUGGAUCUUAUGAAGAUGUCUCUAAAUUGGUUGAGAAAUUAACACAACUUUUCCAAACAACUAAGUCCACAUACCAAAAGGAACUUUACAGACCAGUUGGUAUCAAUAGAACCCAAAAAAAGAUAACAGAUAUACUAGAAUCAUUUAAAUUAUUUUCUUAUGAUGAACUUCGGAGUUUAUUGAACAGUAAACAACUCGAUGAUAGCUUAUUAUCACAGUUUCACAACUUGAAGUACGAUAACUACCAACAGAUUCUCGACUGGCUUCAAGAUUUAAACACCUUCCUUGCUGAAAGGAUGCAGUUUAUUGACAAGAGAGACUGGAUUGCUGUUUAUCAGAUUUUAGAAUUAGAGUCUUCAAAGUCGCUUACAUCAUUUUACAAUUAUCCAUUAAAUGUCCUUUCUUCCAACUUGGUCAACACAACAUCUGCUCAACUAAAAGAUUUAGAAAUUUUGAAUAUACUUACCUGGAUUUCGACUCUUGUAGUUACUAACAAAUUGACGGAGAGUCAAUCGCUAAUACUUGAAAAAUUACCAAACUCGAUUCAAAUUAUUAUCAAACUUCAUCGUUCAUUAACGGCAUUUUUCCAAGUUGAAAUUUCAAAUUCCAAAAUAAAUCUAAAUGAUCGUAAUAACAUAUGUGCUGUUCUUAUUCAAAUGCUGAAUUACGCACGAAAUAAAAAUGCAAGCUUGGAUUUAUUCGAGGCUACAGAAUCGACAGACCCACAUGGCCUUUCUUCACAUAUUCCAUCCUUUAUUGAAACAGCUAUUUCAAAUGCAAUCAUUUCCCCGGAAAGUAGAUUCUUCGAACAAAGUUGGAAGAAUGGACAUGCCUUGCUAUGCCGUGAUCAAGACCCCUCACAUCAAAGUUUUAAUUCGAUCAGCAAUAUAUUAGAAGGUAUUGAUGAUAAACAUAUGAAAUCUUUCAUUGAAAUCGAUAAUGUGUUUGAUUCAUGUAUUCCAGCACUUGCACCUUGCCCUGGGUGGCUCAUCUGUCGACUACUUGAAAUAUCCCAGUUUGUCCCAAAUAUGAGUAUCUCAAAUACUAGACUUAUUAACUUUGAUAAAAGAAGAUUUGUACAUAAUAUAAUUGCUAACAUUUCAGCACUAAUCCCAGGAAAGUCCAAGAAAUUGUCAAACAAAUGUGGUUACAUAUUGAUGAAUGAUUUCCAGGAUUCGGACAAAUCUUUCAGAAAGGCAAGCAGAGAGCUUGCAAUAUCUGAAGCAAGGGGAUCCAAAUACCAGGAAACUGGAGUCUUUAAUGAUAUUCUGGUCUUAGAAGUUGAGAAAAUCAAAAGAGAACAAGCAAAAUUAAACAGUUUACGUACUCAAGAACGUGACGCUAUCCACUCCAAUAAAAUGCAACAAGAUAUUAAUAGACAAAAAGGUAGAUUUUCACCAAUGGCACCUGUUCAAUCAUCUUCUCAAUAUGGAACCACAGGCACUUCGUCUUCAAAUACUAUUACUUCGACAUCUGGUACAAUUUCAAAGAAGAGUAGAAACUCCAUCACUAAUAUACCUCAUAGAACUUCUGUUGGCGGUACCAAUCAACCCACUCAAGCAGGAGGUGUUAGCAAAAAGCUUGGUGGAUUUUUCAGACGGCCAUUCUCUAUCGCUGGUUUUAACACAUCAAUAUCAAAUUACUCCCUAAACAGCUCACUUUCUCAAGAAGCCGGUUCGAAGAAAGUUAUUGAAUCAUACCUGUUACCUGAUAUAACUAAUCAAGUUAUUAAUGAUUCAAGGCAUACUCUGUGCAUAAAGACAUUUGAAAUCAAAAAUAUAUUGGAAAUCAUGAAUCAUAGAAAUAUUCCUGCGUAUUCUUUCUCUUUCAAGAUAAUAAUGCAAGAUAAUCAUGAAUAUACGAUCCAAGCAACCAGUUCAGAUGACUUAUAUGAAUGGAUAAAGAUGAUUAAAGCUUCCAAAAGAUAUUCAUUCCAUUCCAAAAAAUUCAAGGGACGGACCUCAAAUAAGGUAUUCGGUGUUCCGCUAGAAGAUAUAUGUGCUAGGGAAGGAACAGUUAUCCCUACCAUAAUUGUUAAACUAUUAGAAGAAAUCGAAUUAAGAGGUUUAGAUGAGGUUGGUUUGUAUAGAAUACCAGGAUCCGUAGGUAGUAUCAAUGCCUUAAAGAAUGCAUUCGAUGAGGAGGGUGCAACAAGUAAUACCUUUACCCUAGAAGAUGACAGAUGGUUUGAAAUUAAUGCCAUUGCCGGUUGUUUUAAAAUGUACUUAAGAGAAUUACCAGAUUCGUUAUUCACAAAUGAAAAGGUAAGUGAAUUUACAAAACUUGCGUUGAGUUACAAGGCCAAUGAGAUCUCAUACGAAGUUUACAAAAGUAACAUGACUACUUUAUUGAACCAGUUACCUGUUUGUUACUACCAGACUAUGCGUAGAAUCGUGUUACAUCUUAACAAAGUGCACCAACAUGUAUCUACCAAUCGUAUGGAUGCAUCUAAUUUGGCAAUUGUCUUUUCAAUGAGUUUUAUUGAUCAAGAAGACCUAUCUAACAGCAUGGGUCCGACAUUGGGAGCUGUUCAAUCAAUCCUGCAAGAUUUUAUCAAAGUUCCUACUGAUUUCUUUAUAGAAUCAAAAUAA